UGUAAUUGUACUGAUUUGGGAAAAGGAAGAAGAACCGAGAAAUCGGAAAUGGCAGGGAGAUUGAGCAAUGUGGCAUCCAAGAUCAUGAGCGCAAGCGGCGUCGUUUCACGCUCCGUCGCAUCAUCUAUUCGCUUUCGUUCCGGCAUGGGCCUUCCCGUCGGCAGGCACAUCGUCCCCGACAAACCCCUUCAUGUCAACGACGAAUUGACUUGGGACAACGGGACUAAUUUACCGGAGCCCUGUAUAGAUCGUAUUGCCGAUACAGUUGGAAAGUAUGAAGCACUGGCUUGGCUAUGUGGGGGGUUGAGCUGUUUUGCGGCGUUGGGAUUGAUGGCUGUGUGGAAUGACAAAGCCUCAAAGAUACCUUUUGCACCAAAAGUUUAUCCCUAUGAUAAUCUACGAGUGGAGCUUGGUGGAGAACCAUAAAUAGAUUUUGGGGUGUUUGGUUAUUGUUAUUGGAAUUCAUCUUUCAUCAUUUGUAUGUUUCCAGAGUUUGAAAUGAUUCAAAAAAACGGAUGGUGUUCAAAUUUUCCUUAAAAUAAUGUAUCAUCUUCACCUUUAACUAUAGUUACAUCCUCAACCGUUAAGUUGGA